CUCUCCUCAGGCAGCAGCAACGCGGAGGAAACUGGAGUGAACCAGAGCUUAGUGACCAACAUGAGCCUCCUCAACAAGCCCAAGAGUGAGAUGACCCCGGAGGAGCUGCAGAAGCGGGAGGAGGAGGAGGAAUUUAACACGGGGCCACUCUCUGUGCUGACUCAGUCCGUCAAGAACAACACCCAAGUGCUCAUCAACUGCCGCAACAAUAAGAAACUCCUGGGCCGCGUGAAGGCCUUCGAUAGGCACUGCAACAUGGUGCUGGAGAACGUGAAGGAGAUGUGGACUGAGGUACCCAAGAGCAGCAAGGGCAAGAAGAAGUCCAAGCCGGUCAACAAAGACCGCUACAUCUCCAAGAUGUUCCUGUGCGGGGGCUCAGUCAUUGUGGUCCUGCAGAACCUGCGCAUCGCCGGCAAGCAGGAGCCACCUAUCCCUGUCGAUCAACAGAACUCACUCCCCUGUCCUACAGAGACCGCUGCCGCUGAACAGUACACUCUCCCCGGUCCUCUCCUCUUCCUCUUCCUCGCCUUUUCUGUUUCCUCCAAGACCUUCCCCUUCUUGGUGAAGUCACUGGCUCUCCCAGCGUCAACUCUAACCCAGAUGUUCCUGGCUUGA